GCUCUGGAGGGGAGCAAGGGCCGCGUGGCUCUGCUCUCUGGAGGGGGCUCCGGCCACGAGCCCGCGCACGCUGGGUACAUCGGGAAGGGCAUGCUGACCGGCGUGGUGGCUGGCACGGUCUUUGCUUCUCCCGCUGUGGGCAGCAUUCUGGCAGCCAUCCGGGCAGUGACGCAGGCCGGGGCAGCGGGGACCCUCUUGAUCGUGAAGAACUACACAGGAGACCGGCUGAACUUCGGGCUGGCGCUGGAGCGGAUGCGGGCGGAGGGGGCCGACGUGCAGAUGGUGGUGGUGGGCGAUGACAGCGCUUUCGCCACGCAGAAGAAGGCAGGGCGCCGAGGGCUGUGCGGCACAGUGCUCAUACACAAGGUGGCUGGGGCCUUGGCUGAGGCAGGAGCGAGCUUGGAGGAGAUUGUAAGGACGGUGUCAUCAGCCACCAAAGCCAUGGGCACGCUGGGCCUCAGCCUGUCCCCAUGCAGCGUCCCCGGCUCCAAGCCCACCUUCCAGCUGGCUCACGAUGAGAUGGAGCUGGGCCUGGGGAUCCACGGCGAGGCUGGUGUGCGCAGGAUGAAGGUCAUGUCGGCCGACGCAGCUGUGGAGGCCAUGCUGGCACACAUGACGGACCCUUCCAACGCCUCCCACCUGCCCCUGCACCCUGGCAGCUCCGUGGUGCUGGUGGUGAACAACCUGGGUGGCCUGUCCUGCCUGGAGCUGGCCAUCGUGGCUGGCGCAGCAGUGCGCGGCCUGGAGAGCCGGCGCGUCCAGGUCUCCAGGGCCUUGGUGGGCUCCUUCAUGACAGCACUGGAGAUGGCCGGUGUCUCCCUCACGCUCAUGCUGGUGGAUGAGGAGCUCCUGAGGCUGAUCGAUGCCAAGACCACAGCCAUGGCAUGGCCCAACCUGGCUGCAGCACCUGCAAGGAGCCAGAGAGAGGAGGUGCCAGCGCCAAAGGAGGAAAAGGAGAUGGUGCAGCCUGCGACAAGCACAGGGCCUGGCGGGCAGCGGGCCCAGCUGGUCCUGGAGCACGUGUGCAGCGCUCUGCUUGGCAUGGAGGACAAGCUCAACGAGCUGGACCGUGCUGCAGGUGAUGGGGACUGCGGGCACACUCAUGCCCGGGCAGCCCGAGCCAUCCAGAGCGACUUGCCCGCCUGGGCUGAUGCCAUGGACGCCGGCAUCGAGGCCAUGCAGCGCUACGGAGGAGCCGCUCCGGGCGACAGGACCAUGCUGGACUCGCUGUGUGCCGCCAGGGAGGCCCUGCAAGGCCUGCGCGCCGCUGGCGCCAACCUAUUGCAAGUACUGAGCACGGCUGUGCAGAGCGCCGAGGCUGCGGCGGAGGCCACCAAGCACAUGGCGGCUGGGGCUGGCAGAGCCAGCUACAUCAGCUCGGCCCGGCUGCUGCAGCCGGACCCCGGCGCGGUGGCGGUGGCCGCCGUGCUGCGGGCGCUGCUGGAGGGGCUGCAAAGCUGAGGGGUGCUGCC